CGCGCGGUGUGAGCUUAUGUGACUUAAAAUAUGGCGCGUUUUAUAUAUAUCUAUGUAAAAUACAUACAUAUGUAAGCAUUUUUAGAAAUCUGUGUUAUGGAUAUUUAAAGAUAAAGAAAAAAUGAAAACAAGGUUAGAAAUAUGCGUAUUUUUUGCUUAUUGUAUUUUAAUACGAGUUGUUAUUACGGAUACUUUAGAAGAUUUCAGAACUAGAAGGCAGAUUAACAGUAUCCCUUUGGUUUUUCCCUAUGGAGGUACAUACAAGUUACUUAUUGGCAUGGCAGUACCAAUACAUAACGAAGAUCAUGUAAAUUUAGCUUUUGGCAUUAAUUUUCAAUACCAGUACAUACAAUUUCAAAAUGUAUCCGAACUGUCUCGUUACUACUUCAUCAAGACGGUGUCUAGAGAGCAACGGGAUCUAGAACUGAAGGAGCGAAGUGACGAAAGACUUGUCUUCUACAAAGCGGCUGCAGAUAUGCUACAAAUGAAGGGUAUGAACGGCAUUGAUUGCGUGAUGCGUGCUAUUUGCGAAGCCGCACAGUAUCCAGUUAGUGAAGAGGGUCUUGUCGGAGAAAUAAUACAUAUUUUACUCACACCAGAUUACGGGCGUUCUCCAUUCGAAGUCGAUACGGAAUGGUACGACAUGAUGUCACCGUACAUAGACGCGGCGGUUGCCGGUCGUCAGAUGUUUAACUGCGCUUCCAUAUAUUCCAACUGCCCCGAGGGUCAAGGUGUUUUGGAACUGAUAUCAAUACUAAGGGAUGAAUAAA